UAAGAGUGUGUACACAAUGCGGAAGACACCCUAACUAUUUCGAUAAACAAGCAAUAGAAGAUAGAGAUGUCAAACCCAUUUUAUACAAAUUCAAACCCUUUUGAAAAUGACGAGGAUAAUCAUACAAUCCGUCGAAAUCAGCCUAAAAGGGAUGAAAUGUCAAAGGACGAGCAGAUCCAAAGGAUGAUGCAGGAAAUUGAAGAAUCUGAGCAACGACAGCUUGAAAGCACCAGACGAGCACUGGCCAGCAUUGAUGACUCAGAACGUAUUGGAAUUGCUACGGCUGAGGAGCUUCUUCUUCAAAAAGAGCAGCUUAACAACAUUGAAGCUAAAACUGGAAAAAUAAAUCAAGAUCUUAAACAGACACAGAAAAGUAUCACCAGUGUUAAAAGCAUAUUUGGUGGUAUAAAAAACUGGUGGAAUGGUGACAAAGAUAAAGAACCUACAGAUUCUAAAUCUGCUGUGCAAGGGCCGAGUAAGUUGGAAAAAACUAUUGAAGAACAGAAUAAAUCAAGACCUCACCCGAGGGAGCGAUUCCAAACAGAUGAUGGACAUGGAUUCUAUGAAGAAGAAAAUUUAGAUUCUAAGUUCAUGCAGGGUGCAAGAAAUCCACAAGCACAGCAGUAUUUUAAACCAGUCACCAACAGUAAACGGGAAGAACGUGUGAAUGAAAAUCUUGAUCUCAUGUCAGAGGGAAUGUCUCGUUUGAAAGGACUUGCUAUUGGUCUUGGAGAUGAAAUUAAGACGCAAAAUGAGCAGCUGGAUCGGAUCAAUGUUCAGGUUGGCCGGGCGGACAUAAAGAUCACAGACCAGAACAGGCAGAUGAGAGGCAUUUUGAAAUAGUCAUACUUAAGUUAAAAAACAACACUGUAUUAAAAUUGUGAAUGAGUUCCAUUAUUUCUGUCAAGCAUAUAUUCAAAAUCAAUAUACACAUGUGUAAUGAGGUAAUUGUCUUUAACGUAACAAUUCAGUUAAAUGCUGAAACAGUUAAAAGUAAUGUUUUAAUUUAUAUCAUAAUUAAACAUGUAUUAGCCGCCCUGUGGGAAAACCUGGCAUAGCUUGUGCAGUCUGCACAGGCUAAUUAUAGGGACAAAACUUUCCACAUAGACUGGGUAUAUAUAUAGUAGAGAAAUUGUUUACUCAAAAAAUGCAAUGAAAGCGUCAAGUGUUGUUCCUGAUCAGCUCGUGAUGACUGCACAAUCAUGCUGAUCUGGGACUACACUGUGUGGACUGCACUAUCAUGCUGAUCUGGGACUACACUGUGUGGACUGCACAAUCAUGCUGAUCUGGGACUACACUGUGUGGACUGCACUAUCAUGCUGAUCUGGGACUACACUGUGUGGACUGCACUAUCAUGCUGAUCUGGGACUACACUGUGUGGACUGCACUAUCAUGCUGAUCUGGGACUACACUGUGUGGACUGCACUAUCAUGCUGAUCUGGGACUACACUGUGUGGACUGCACUAUCAUGCUGAUCUGGGACUACACUGUGUGGACUGCACUAUCAUGCUGAUCUGGGACUACACUGUGUGGACUGCACUAUCAUGCUGAUCUGGGACUACACUGUGUGAACUGCACUAUCAUGCUGAUCUGGGACUACACUGUGUGGACUGCACUAUCAUGCUGAUCUGGGACUACACUGUGUGAACUGCACUAUCAUGCUGAUCUGGGACUACACUGUGUGGACUGCACAAUCAUGCUGAUCUGGGACUACACUGUGUGGACUGCACUAUCAUGCUGAUCUGGGACUACACUGUGUGGACUGCACAAUCAUGCUGAUCUGGGACUACACUGUGUGGACUGCACUAUCAUGCUGAUCUGGGACUACACUGUGUGGACUGCACAAUCAUGCUGAUCUGGGACUACACUGUGUGGACUGCACUAUCAUGCUGAUCUGGGACUACACUUUACGCACAUGAAUUUAGUCUGCUUUUGCCAGAGUGUGGUGCAUGUAUACCAUAUGUUUUUUACAUUUGAUUAAAUCAUAAAAAUACGUUUUGUUAAUAAUAUUUUAUAUCUUUUUUAUUAACAAUUGUCUGCAACACUUAAUUAAGCUAUUUACAACAUUAAUUACAAUGUAUAGUCAACUUGGAAAAUUGAUGAUGUAGAAUAACAAUAUAAUGACAUGGAUAUACAAAGCGUCCACUGCUGUGGUCUACAUAGUGUUCUGGCAUAAAGUCAACAUGGUGCAAUGCCGCCAUAAUUUCAUAAACAUUUUUAACCAGGUUUUCCGAAGGAAAAAACUGGUUAUUAGAUUGGCGAAUGCGGGCGGGUUGGCGGAACAAGCUUGUCCGGGCCAUAACUAUGUCGUUCAUUGUCAGAUUUUAAUAUCAUUUGGCACAUUUGUUCACCAUCAUUGGACGGUGUGUCGCGCGAAAUAAUUACGUCAAUAUCUCCAAGGUCAAGGUCACACUUUGAGUUCAAAGGUCAAAAAUGGCCAUAAAUGAGCUUGUCCUGGCCAUAACUAUGUCAUUCAUUGUGAGAUUUUAAAAUCAUUUGGCACAUUUGUUCACCAUCAUGGGACGGUGUGUCGCACGAAAGAAUCACGUCAAUAUCUCCAAUGUCAAGGUCGCCACGACUAAAAAUAGAUUUUUUUUAAAAACAAACUUACAAAGGGGGUUAAUUUUGUUUGUUCAUUUCAAAAGUUCAGUUUGAGUUUUCUCCCUUUAUCAGAUUUUUUUUUCACAAUGAAAACCUGGUUUUGUGACAAUUUUGUCCCUUGUUUUUUAAAUGGUGUGAAUUUGUAUUAGGUAAUCUGUUGUGUGAGCAGGUUUUGGUAAAUUGUUAAGUUUGUUUAUAGUUUGUAUGUGGGUCAGAAUUACCGUUAAGAUUUCAAUAUGAUAUAUAUGUCCAUUUCACAAAGCUCUUUUUAUUUCAAAUGUAUUGGUGUUUCAGUUCCGUGAUGUGUUUCAGAGUUUCUGUUAAUAGCUAUUAAUUUGAAUGCAGGGCUUAUCCUUGUAUUACAGCCGAGAUCAAGCAUCAAUUUUACUAAUUAGUUCUAUAGCCUUUAUUUUUUGCUCACUUAAUUGUGUUGUAGAAUUAAUGUUAUUGAAGUUCUCUGUGUACUCUUUGUCCAGUUUUGAACUAAAUAUCUUCUCAAUACUUGAUGUAUUUGUUGUAAUUGUAAUGUUCAAGCAUAUGAAUUGUUUCAAUUAGUUUCGCGUUGUUUAUCAGCAUUUGUGCUGUCUAACCAGGAUGUUAGUAUAAACUUGAGAUCCUCAGGCUUAACUGUGUUUGUGAUACUUAUGUUUGCUUUGCAUUCCUAGUCAUUUGAUAUCAUUAUACCUCAUCACCAUUUGGUAUCUUGAUUAUACAUAUACAUGUAUGUAUCCUUCUUUUGUAGAGUUUCACCUGUUUUUAUUUAAUCAGCCUCCAUUCCCACAUUAUUUUGGAAUGUUCUGAUAAAUCUUGAUGGAUUUAUCUUUAUUUAGACAAUUCUAUAUCUUAGAUGUUAUUUUUUGGAUCAACACACUUGAUUUUGAGGUUUUGCUUGGUAAACAAAUAAAUAGAAAAUUGCUGCACAUGCUGUAUAAAUGCACAUUAUUUUUUAAUAUUUAAACAGCAUGUCAAUGUUAUUUUGUUUUUAAAGGGAUAAUUUUAAUGACUUUUGGUAAAAUUAUUACAAAAAAUUAAGUGUUUACUACCUAAAUAAUGACUGAACAAAUAGUGUUGCUAGGGUGCCUUCUUAGAAGCAGCCUGUUACUAAGGAAAUGUCCAAUAUUUAAUUUGUUUGUCUUAAUUUUGUUGGAAGGACAUACAAAAAUGUUAUCAAAAAGCUCACAUGUAUUAAAAUUGUUUUCAUUCAGCUUAAAAUACAAUGUAUCACUUUUACUUUUAAAUGGCUGAAUAUACAUAAACACAGAGAUGAUUUGUGGAACUAAACUGAACCCAUAAUAUGUAUUCUGUGAACACAGCAUUGAAUUUUGUAAAUUGCAGAUAUAUUGAAUUAUAACUUCAAGUCAAGUAAUAUUUCUUUAUAAAGUCGGGUUUAUAACACAUUUUAACACAAGCUCUGAAGAGUUUUUAAAGCUGACUUAUAAACUAAACAUUCACAUGAUAACAUCAUAGCACAUACAAUUACAUGUACAUUACUUAAAGCACAUUAUUAAAAUGUUAAGCAUGACAAAUUAACAAUACAUGGCAACACAAAAUUGGAUAGCACAAUUGACUAUCUAACCAAUCAAUUAAUUAAUUAUUUAAAUAAUUAAACAAUCAUACAAUCAUCUAAGCAAUCAGCUAAAAUUGAAACUACUUAAGCACGGAUAUCUGUAGAUACAGAUUAUUAGCAGCGUAAUUAUUAUUAUAGCAGAAUAAUAUAUAAAAUAAACUAUCUAAAGUUCUUAAGCUUGGAUAUUUAAAUAGGUUACUUGAUUGCUAUACUCACAAAUUAUUGUAUUAUGUGAAUUAGUGUAUAUAUAUACAUUACUGAGAAAUAAAACAUAAACGACUUUUAUGAAUUGCCUUGCCUUCAAAUUCUGCUGAUUUUUGUUCAAUACUUGAACACGAAAUCAAGAAAAGACUUUCAGUACUACUAUGGAUAUCAUGUUCAAAAGGAGUCCAACAGAAUAAUAUAAUGGCAUGCAAACCUUCAUUGUCUCUGAUGAUAAAGAACAAUUAUACAUUUUAAAUUGUGAGCAAUUGACAGGCGUUGAUAAUGUUGACACUUUUCACACAGCAGAGUAACAUUUUUAAUUAAUUAAAAGACAGGUCUUUGCUACAUGCGUAUAUGUGCGAUAUACAAUGGCAAUUGAAACCCUGAGAAACAAAUGGUAUUGUUACUCGUCAAUGCAUCCGGUAAUUGGUUUCCGUGUAGCAUACUGCGUGUUAAUAUUACUAAUUAUUUAUUUACAAGACAAAAAAUUGAAUGAAUAUGUAUUUGUUUAUUAAACAACGAAAGUCGAAUAUUGCGAAACCACUAUCACCAUAAAUGAGCGAAAUCGCUCGCAAUCGAAUGAAUCGAUCUGCUUUCCUUCAACUACAUAAAGGUCAGUCUGGCUGCACAGGUUCUGAGCGACUCUGUUGGUGAAUAUUAAAAUGGCAUGCGAAACUUUGCUGCGUCGGAGGUUAAAAGAACAGUUAUACAUUUUGAGUUGUUUGCACUUAACAUGUCUUGAUUAUGUUGCUAUUUCAAACAAAACGUGGUAACAUUUUAAUUCUAUUAAAAGACCGGUCUUUUGUACAUGCACAUACGUGCGAUAAACAACGUCAAUUUAACCCUGGCGAAACAACCGGCAAUUAAUAUUCAUCAAAGGGUCCAAUAAUUGGGUCCCCGUUCGACAUACUGCGUAAUAAUUAGACAAAUUUAUGAUUGAUUUUGAGAUCAACUACGCAACAAUUGAACGAAUAGGUACUUGUUUAUUUAACAUAAUAUAAUUUGAAUCCGAAAAAACGUAACCCGCUCAAUAAGCGAACUCCCUCGCAAUCGAUAUCGUGUAGCCACAUUAUCGCUACACAGGGACCAAUCAAUCGAGAUUAUCAAAUCUCGCGCACCGGUUUAUUUGCGUGCUGUAUCGGGAUAUCGCGAGGAUGCGCAGCCCUUUGUUUGUAUAGGUCCCUGAUUUGCAAUAACUUUUGCAAUAUUGAAGAUAGCAACUUCAUUUUUGGCAUGCAUGUGUAUCUCAUGGAGCUGCACAUUUUGAUUAGUGAAAAGUCAAGGUCAUCCUUCAAGGUCAAAGGUCAAAUAUAUGUGUCAAUAUCGCUCAUUUAAUGUACACUUUUGUAAUAUAGAAGAUAGCAACUUGAUAUUUGGCAUGCAUGUGUAUCUCAUGGAGCAGCACAUUUUGAUUAGUGAAAAGUCAAGGUCAUCCUUCAAGGUCAAAGGUCAAAUAUAUGUGUCAAUAUCGCUCAUUUAAUGUACACUUUUGUAAUAUAGAAGAUAGCAACUUGAUAUUUGGCAUGCAUGUGUAUCUCAUGGAGCAGCACAUUUUGUGAGGUGAAAGGUCAAGGUCAUCUUUCAAGGUCAAAUAUAUGGGGACAUAGUGUUUCACAAACACAUCGCUUGUUGAAUAUGUUCUAAUUCACCAGUGUCUUUUGGAUUUGUAUGAUAUUCAUUACACUCAAAUGUUUAUUACAUUCAAUAUGAGGUGAAUGCAAUAAUGCACCAAUCUUGUGGUUCAUUGCCAUUAUACAGGUUUUUAACAAAAUUAAAAGUAAUGAAAAUUACAAUGGGGGAGGGCUUGCAGGUGAUUAGUUUCAAACAGGUGGUCUCCUGUCAAUAACUUGAGUUUGAUUUACCAAUAAUUAUAAAACUUUUGAUAAAGCAAUCAUGCAUGGAGACCAGCCUUGAGAUUGUAUUUGGGACUGGUUUAUAAGGUCAAGGUCACCUUGACAAAGAAAAAUGGUUUCCACUAAAUAACUUGAGUUUUGAUGGAGGUAAUUCACUGAAAUUGCGUGUGUGUUACGUUACAGGCAGACCUAAUUUGGGAUUUCACAAUCAUUUAUCUUCUUUAGUAAAACCUUGUCAUGUUUCUUGUUGUUCUUAAAAGUAUGUUAUGCUUGUUAUUGUACAUGUAUAUGUUGAUUACGUAUAGAGUAAAAUGAAAUUGAAUUUAUCUUGUUUUCAUCCAAAAAGUGUUUUCACAAAUCACCCGUAUGGGAAUAUCAAAAGUCAAGGUCACUUAUUUAUAUUGAGGAUAGGCAUCAAACUGCUUGUCUAUACAGUAACAUCAUUUCAAAUAUGGGCAAACUAAGCUUGACUGGGCAUAAUGCAACUUCAUCAUUCAGGAAGAAAUUUAUUUAACAAUACCUCGCCACAAAUGAUCACAGUGGGGAGUUUGCAUGCUGCAUGUGUUGCACAUAAUCUUUAGAUUGAUAACAAAUUUUAAAUAAUCAUUGGACAUUUACAGGCCUUUCAAAGUUAACAACAAAAACAGAAAACUAUUCAUGUACAUAUUUCUGUAUUUCAAUAAUAAUAAUGUAUGUUAACAGUAACAAAAGUUUUAAAAUUACACAGAGCCAUACUCGCAACGAUAGAUGCAUAGUUUUCAGACUUGCAAUUGAAUAAACUAUUCAGACCAGAAGUGAUUAAGUUAAAAUUCAACAAAACAACAUAACUCGGGUUCAUUAACAGCAUCCAAUAAAAUGUCUCCGUGAUUUCAACUGAAGCAGAUUCCAGCUGCUCCUGCACAUUCUCCGCCUUGCAUCAUCUUGAUUCAAAUGUUAUCAGAAAGCUGAAGCAAUCAUACAUGUUAAAUAAUAACAAAAUGAGUUAAAUCGCAAAGGGUUUGACUAAAAUCUAUACUUAGCCAUAUUUGACUAAAAUCUAUACUUAGCAAUAUUUGACUAAAAUCUAAACUUAGCAAUAUUUGACUAAAAUCUAUACUUAGCAAUAUUUGACUAAAAUCUAUACUUAGCAAUAUUUGACUAAAAUCUAUACUUAGCAAUAUUUGCAGAGAAUUAAACAAAAUAAGCCUUCGCUUCAAUAUUUGAAGUCCUUAAAUUUUUCUCAGAAUCAUCUAUUGAGUCAUUUUUUUGGUUUAAACAGAACUUUAUUAUAUUAACAAAACAAAAACUGUCAUAACAAGAGGUGAUAUAGUUUAAAAACAAAAAGCAACAACAAACAAGAGGGCCUAAAAGCUCUAGGUUUCUAACCUGAGAUAUCUAGGAAAAAAAUUAUUUGUGCAGAAUUUGGUGUUUUUCUAGGUUUUUACUAUGUAUGACAAAAUUAAUAUUUGAUUUGGUUACAGUAUUUAGCAAAUACAAUUGUGCUCAAUAAAUAUAUAUUACGGGGGGUAUUUUUUUAAAAGAAAUCGCAAGAUUGGGGUAUAUCAUAAUCCUCAGGGAAAUUAACUAACAUAAGAGCAGACCAGCACAUGAUGUCACGUGCACACACCAAACAUGGAACCCCGUACCCUUGGGGUUCCAGAGAAUACAAUUUUUAGAGUUAUUUACAAUGCAAGUCUAUAUAAAUCAUGAGACCCCUGCAGUGCGGUUAGUUUGACCCCACAGG